GUUCUCACUAGACACAAAAUGUGCACUCGCCCUUCACAUUUCUCAUAAGCACAUGUGAGACGUCCUCGCAACAGAAUGUCAGAAGGAACCAUGUGCUCCAGGUGUGGCGUCCUGUCACUGAUCAUUCUGCUCUUUAUUCCAGUUUCAGGUUCUCUGGGUCAGAGAGUGACCAUGUCCUGCAGGCCUCAGACUGUCUGCGCUCUGAGAGAAUCAGCAGUGAACCUGAUCUGCUCUUAUUCAACCACCAUCAAACCUCAGCAGAUCUUCUGGUUCAGCCCCAAACUAAGGGCUAAAUGGAGGAAUGAGGACGAUCCAGAGGAUUUAGCUUUAGACUCAGACUACGCAGGACGAGUGAGAUACACUGACACUCAGUCCGGCUCCACUCUUACAAUAACAGACCUGAGAGAGAGAGACUCAGGAGAAUAUCAGCUCAUGGUCAUCACAGGAGGAGGAGAGAGAUCUAACAGCUCGGCAUUCAGACUGACAGUUACAGACCUGCAGGUGAGGGUGGAUCCUGACACUGUAAAUCAGAGAAAACUGACCUGUAUCACGUCCUGCACUUUGACUUCUGCAUCUUAUUACUGGUCUAAAAAUGGAGGAAGAAUCAGUGGGAAAACCAGCCAGAGCACUUGGGUUUCAUCCAGUGAUCCUGGCAGUUACUCCUGCUCUGUUGUCACAGGAAGCCAUGAAAUCUACUCCAACAGCGUGUGUGUUUUUGGUGAGAACUGUUGGAAUGUGAGCUACUCAGACAGAAGACUGUGUGCUGUGGAGGGAUCAUCAGUGGACUUUCUCUGCACUUACUCACAUCCCAGUCGUCUCACAGUUAAUGAAGCUUUCUGGCAUUACCAGUCUGGAUGGGACCCGAAGGAUCUGAGUCUGGACGAGCGGUUUGCUGGUCGAGUAGUGUUUCUCGGGGACAAACAGGGAGUCUGCAGUCUGAGAAUGAGAGACGUGAGAAAGAACGACUCUGGAGAAUAUCACUUUAGAUUUGUUACCAACACUGACGGAUUCUUUGGUAAACCUGGAGUCAUUCUGAAUGUUACAGACCUUCAGGUGAGUUCAGGUCCCAGCAGUCCAUCACAAAGUCAGACCAUAACACUGUCCUGUAGCUCCACCUGCACUGUGCCCAACAACCCCACUUACAUCUGGUCCACGAACAAAGAACCUGUAACCAGCAAAACCACCAAAUACAACAAGCUCUACCUGGAGUCAGCGAGCAGUGAAGAUAUACGCCAGUAUUCUUGUGCUUUAGGAAGCAGAGAAGAAAGCGGCGUGUCAAAGUUCGUCAUCGCAGCAGCAGCAGUCUGUCUGACUCUGAUACUCAUCACUGUAUCAGUGUGGAUCUGGAGGAGAAAAUCCAGCCCAGCUGAAGGCCACAGGAGCUCACAGCAAAGUGGACAGCAUCAAGAAGCUUCAAAUGAUCAGGAUGACGUUCACUACUCCAGCGUUCAUUUCAGAUCCUCUAACUCACCAGUCAAGUCUCCAUCCACUGCUUCCACACUUCCUCCGGACAUUAUAGAGGAUGUUCAGUAUGCUGAUGUGAAGUUCAGCACACGUGCUGCUGCCACCCAGCCUCGGGAUGUGAAAGCGACUGAUGACCCAUCUCAGAUCUACAGCCAGAUUCAAAAACGCAAAACAUGAGCAGCGUAACACUCACUGUGGAGGUGUUCUAGAUCUGGGACACAGAUUUGGGUGCUCUGUUCUAGAUCUCUGCAGCAGUAAUCAGCACUGCAUCCAAAUCAAACGGGAUUAUUUCACAAAGCAGGAUUUCUCUGUUAGCAGUUAAGCCAAAAAAUGAGGAUUGUCUAGUAGGAACAUGUGUUACCUUUCCUCUGACUGGAUAGGUCCAGAUUAAGGGGGAAUUCCACUGAUUUUUCAAAAUUUCCGUAUAAUUUCAGAAUUACAGUGAUGGUCAUAGGAACCAGAUGUCUGAAGAGUUUAAUCACCCACAGUUAUUACAUGAAUUGGUUAUGAAUGCACUAUGAAUGCACUGCCUGAUGUCGGAGACAGAUUUUUUGAUAUUUUUGUUUUCAGAAUUUGCUGAAUUGGCUGGAUUCCACAAGAUGCUGGAUGUGGUGUAGAUUUGUAAACAUCAGCCUUGCAUUGUAUAAAAUGUUCAAGGUGAAAAUUACUUGGAUAAAAUCUUGUUACAUUAAAUAUUUCAUAUUUCUUCCAGGAAAGUCAACAUUUUGUAAAUACAGGGGUCUGUUCUGACUGAGACGGUGGGCUUUUUCUGUGUAAAUAUCGUUACAUGAAGUUGAAGACUUAAGAACCCUUUGAUUUCUUCUGAAGUGAAGCUGUUAAUAGUGAGUUUGCACUGCAGUAACAGCCUCUGCUUUUCUUGGAAGGCUUUACUAGAUGUUGGAACGUUGCAGUGAGGAGUGGAUUGAGCAUUAGUGAGGUCAAGAACUGACUUACAUUUUAGGGCAUUUGGUAGACGCUCUUAUCCAGAGCAACUUACAAUUUGAUUAUUUUUACACUGCUAUGCCAAGGUGGUGUUAGGAGUCUUGCCACCCUCUUAUUGGUAUAUUGUAAGGUGCUUGCCC